ACAUCGACAACAACGGCUUCCUGGACAAGAACGACUUCGACUGCCUCGCCGUCCGCGUCACCCUCAUCGAAGGCCACGGCGAGUUCUCCCCCGACACCUUCGCCUCCAACCAGAAGAUCAUGACUAACCUGUGGAACGAAAUCGCCGAGUUGGCUGACUUCAAUAAGGACGGUGAAGUAAGUGUCGAGAGUUUCAAAGCAGCUGUUUAUCAUUCUCUUUCUCGUUUAUCAUUCUAUUUCUUCUUGUCUCCUGUUUAUCAUUCUCUUUCUUCGUCCACUCUUCCAGGCGACGGAUUGGUCGGUGUCGACGAGUACAGGCUGGACUGCAUCACUCGCGCUGCCUUUGCUGAUGUCAAGGAGAUCGACGAUGCCUUUGACAAGCUCUGCACCGCCGAGGACAAGAAGGCCGGCGGCAUCAACAAGACGCGCUACCAGGAGCUCUACGCCGAGUUCAUCUCCAACACCGACGAGAACUGCAACGCCUGCUACCUCUUCGGGCCUCUGAAGGUCGUGCAGUAGAAGGGCCGACGACCUCCUUCCACCUCCUACUCCAGCGGCCUCCUCCUCCUCCUCCUCCUCCUACAGUAGCCUUGUCUUCUUCCUCCAGUCGACGCCUCCUUCAGCUUCCACUUCCCCGGAUUUUGAAAGGGGCUAGAUUUUUGAAGAAGAAAAAAUGAAAAUUGUGGUGGUGGAUUGGUUUGAGGAACGUGAAAAAAUAAUGAAUUAAUUGGAGGGAAAUAGAUUUUGGAACAGGGGAGGAAUUCGUUGAAGCCAGUCGUUUAUGUCUUCUUAGACGGGACGACUUCCCCUCCCCCCCCUCUCCCUCUACCACAGCUCCGCCAAUCUUCCUUUUUUAUUCUCAUUAUACCGUCACCCGAUCGACUUCCAUUUUUUUAUACUUUAUAAUGACCGUAUUUUGUUUCUUGUUUCUAUUUUUCUUGUUAUUAGUUAUUUCUCUGUUCUCGAAGUAGUUGUCGAUGUGCUCGUAAAAUAAAAAAAAUACUUUAGUUUGUCCUUUGACUCGGCAUUCUCUCGUGACCGGAAGUGAGCUGGUUGUGUCCACAACUUUGUUCGUUCUCAACCAAUAAAGAUUUAAUUGUUGA